AUGUCCACCCCCAGCAAUGACAAAGACCGUCUCCAAGACUCGUCACAGCAGCUAGACUACGUUCACGGUAGCUCGCACAAGGUCCUCAACUUCCAAAAUGCCAAUUCACGGCGCUAUGCCGUCAACAACGAAGAUGGACACGCAAGCGGGACGGAAUGGGAGUGGUGGAGUCGCGAGAAUCGAAAGGGCCGGCACAUACUUCUCCUCAGUCACGGUCAAGCACCCUCGCGCACCGCACGUACUACGCGCCUUCUUCGAGCGCUUGUGCGCAUGAUCACAGUCGUAGCCUGGUGGGACGUUUCGUGGUGGGUUGGCGUCGUCUUUACUGUCGGCUCGAUAUGCUCGAUCACGUCUGGCGUCCUUCAAUGGCUUCCAGUCGCAUAUCCAGAUACGCGAUUCGCCGCCGACCCGAGCACCAUCAGCGGCGCGAUAUCCUUCUUCCGUGGAAUGUUGUUUCUGCUGGGUGGCAUGCUCCUUGUAGUCGAAGCGGUGAACGCCAACCAGAGCGACUGCUUUGGCUGGGCGCUCAAGGAAAGCUUGAACUCCGACAACGAGAACAUCGAACUCGCGUCUUCGGACGAAGAGAAAGCGACCGAGAACCCCUCCGGCUUCCAACCCGACCGUCGAAACUGCACGCAUAUCCACAACCCCGACCGCAUGAAGCAUCGAAUAUUGCACACGAAGACGUUCAAGGUUGAGGCACGUCCCCAGUCAGGGCCUGAGCAAGCCUGGAAAUGGUGGCCCACGUGGCAGGAUGUUCGCGUUCACUAUCGUCGAGAGAUCGGUUUUAACGCAAAUCUCAUCCUCUUCAUCGGUACAGCCAUCUACUGGGUCACGAAUCUCCUCACCUUACCAGGUGUAUACAAGAACCUCCCGCAAGGUGUGCUCUAUGGGCUAUACUAUCCUUCUUUCCUGCUUGGGGCUAUCUGCUUCCUGGUCGCUUCGAUACUAUACCUGUUUGAAGUGCAGCGCCAGUGGUGGAAGCCCGCGCCGCGCAUGGUCGGGUGGUUGGUGCGAGUAUCAGAGUACACUGGCUCUGCUGUAGAGAAAUGGCCAAUCCAUAUCGAAGUUACGGGCAAGUCCGGAAAGGACACACUCGCGGCACGCCUCGAGAACGACUUCGAGAAGCGACCCGACCCGGUCGCAUUGACCCACAACGCCGAUGAGUCGCAAAACAGCUCUUCGGGAGUCGACUAUGAGCCACAUCCUGAAAAUUCGAUGAAUUUGGAGCCUGCGAGGGAGAAAAUAGUGCAGUCUAUCUGCAACUUAUACUCUGGCAGCGCUAGCGAACAAGACAUGAUGGUGUAUGGCAAAGAGGCGGUAUACGACGACCCAUGGAGCUAUUGCGAUACCAGGUAUAAGAUUGCUGGGCAGUGGUAUGGUAUCCCAAAACUCAUGAAGAGCAGUCGGACGAUCAAGACGGAGGUUAUUUCCUCCAAGCCUGAUGAGAUCAUCUUCAAGUUACAGCAGGAGUACACUCCAAAACCUAUGCCGAUUGCGAAGAAGGUCAACAGCUUGAUUACACUGACGCUCGAUCAAGAGGGCAAGGUGCGGUAUCACAAGGACAUGUGGAAUGAGAAGGACUACAGUCACGAAGGUCUAGGCAAGAUCAUGAAAGAGUUGAAUGGGGAUCAUCUAACAAAGAUCACGCGACCCCCAGCAGAUCUGUGA